UGCCAAGAUAGCGAGUUCCUUCCAGGUGCCCUUUAAGAAGGUCGCGAGUGACUUCACCACCAGGUGCACAAUCAACUCAAAGAUGAAGGCAGCGCAAGGUGGUAAGUCGAAGUCCCAAGCUGAAGACCAGCCAGAGGAUGAGGAAGAAGAGGAGGAAGAGGCUGGUUUUGGAAUCCGCGGAGAUGUUGAGGACAUUGAGCCCCCUGCUGCUUUCGCUGCUUUCGCCAACGAGGAGGCUGCGGAUCCUGUCGACCCAGACGAGGCAGCUGAUCCCCUCGAGCCCACCGAGCCCGCAGAUGCCGCCGAGCAAGCAGGGCCCGGGAUCGAGAUGUCAAAGAAGGCUGCAAAUCUCGCCAAGCUGAUGAAGAAGCGAGCGAAGAAAGGGCACGACAUGAAGAGUUGGGACACCAAGGACGCGAUUGACAAGAUUGGUCAGUCUGCCGUCCCAAAGAGCAUGGUGCAGGAGUCCGGCAAGGGCAUGACCAUCAAGGAACUCUUCAAAAGGUAUGACGUGGACAACAGUGGUGGACUUGACCAGGAAGAGUUGAAGCAGGUGAUGAAAGAUUUGGAAGUCAUGCCCUCCGGUAUCACUGAGGAAGAGGCUGCGUACACGCUCGGAGAAUACUUCAAGUUGGCAGACGAGAACAGUGACGGCAUUAUCAGCUGGGAGGAGUUUGCCCUCUUCUACAGGGACUUGCAGGAAGUGAAGAAGAGCGAUUUGGAUCAUGUCCCUGUCACUGUGCCGAAGAAGUACAGAAACAGCAAAGAGUUCUUGGAGAUAUUCGUCAAGCACUGUUCCUUCGGGGCUGGUCAGAAGAGAGUGGAGGAGAUGGCGAGCAAGUCGUUCUUAAAAUGCUUGAACGAGGUUGAUGUGAUUGACAACAAGCAGCUGACCGAAGCCAUGGUUGAUCAAGUCUUUACAAAGUUUGUGAAGGAUCAUCCGCGUAAGAGGCUCACCUACAACAAGUUCCUGGACGCCCUCGCUCAAAUCUGCUCUUACAAGGACCUUGAUUUUGAUGACAUUGCCGGUUACAUCCACGACGAGGGUGGGCCAAAGGUCACCGGGAGCCAAGGACCAGCAACGAUGCGCAAGACGGGCCUCCCGGAUCGAUCCGGCGGAUCUGGUGACGAUCGCCCGAAGGCUGGUACGCAGAAGCUGCCCAAGAAGGCGGCUCCAGCCAAGGAGAAGUCGAGGAUCAACGUGCUCAAGUCUGGGUCGGGCAAGGCGGAGUUGACUGCGAGGAACGUCUUCGAUAAGUUUGACGAUGACGGCCAAGGGCAAAUCGACCGCGUCGAGUUCAAGCAAGUUUGCAUCUUCCUGGGUCUUGACAAGGAAGAAGGCUUCGAUUUCGAGGAGGAGUUCGACACGGCCAACAAAUCCGACACUGGGAUGAUCUCCUGGAAUGAGUUCAACGUUUGGUUCAACGGUCUCAAGGGCAAGGCAGUGACCAAAGUCGAAAAGGUAUCAUCUGAGUUGGUCAACGACAAGGAAUUCAAGACUCUGUUCGAAGAAUGGGCUAACUUUGGCAUUCCCACUAAGAAGCAAAAGAAGGUCGCCGAAAUGCAAAGCGCAGGCUUGAACAAAAUGCUGAUGAAGACGGGCCUUAAGAAACCAGGAAUCGAGCACGCAUGGAUGGACAACGUUUUCAAGAAGCAUGCGGAGAAGCCAAACGCCAAGGUGAUGAAAUACAGGCCUUUCCUCGAUUGUCUUGCGGAGAUCGCGGCCACGGACAAAAAGAAGCUCGAUGAUUUCGUGAAGGCAAUAAAGGAGCACGGAUCCCCCAAGGCGAAGGCCACUGAGGUGGAUCACCUCGGUCGUCCGAUCCGCUAGACCACCAGCUAAGCUAGCACAUGUGAAAUAUUUGCGUUUAUUAUUCAUC